AUGAAGCUUCUUUCCCUGGUAACACCGCUACUUGCGGCUCUUCUGGCCGGUACGGCGCAAGCUGGAAUUGCUGGCGCUGGUUCCCAUGGCCUUCUCCCUCGAAAUGUCAGCGCUAUCGAAGAAUCCGACGCAGUAGCUGCCGGCAUCAACUGUGAUAAGCGCGUUGCCCGUCUGAACAAGGGUGACUGCAACUACAUCAAGUCUAAAGGCUUCGGCAGCCAGGGUAUCAAUGCCGUCAAGGCCAACGGCAAAGCCUGGAUUGGCACCGACGGUCCAUACACAUUUAAAUUCACAAACCAUGCUUCAAAGCCUCAACCUGCCGGCGUCGUGCUGGUGCUCUGGCUAAUGAACAACGACAAGGACUACGGUGCGUCGUUUGUCAAUGCUCGCCGACCAUAUAUUACUGUCUCGCUGCCCAAACAAGGUGACAACGUUGUCAUCUCCGUCGGUGCCAACCAAAUCGGCGGCUUUGCAGCCAUGACGAACCACGGCACGGGCCUAUCGCAGUACGGACAAGUCUCCAACACGUGGGGCGAGUUCAACACUAAAAAGAAGGGUAACACGUUUGACAUUUCACGUGAAGUCAAUAUGAAGGGCAAUGCCAUGAGCAUCAAGGCAGGCAACGGGUGUGUAGCCAACAUGGGUACCUGCGUGUUCAAGUGCACCAAUGGUGCGCAGUCGUGCGGCAAUGCCGGCGAGUACAAGAUUUUCAACUGUGCCGCGCCGAACCCAGGAGCGCAGCAUGCACCUGAUGGUGCGAAUGGAGGGUGCUCGGGGUGGGGAAAUAGCGGGCGUGGGCAUCUGGAUGUGCAAUUGAUGCGCGGGUGA